CAUCCUCUAUCACUUUGUCACUGUCGCAAUCCCUUUAUUAUGUGGAGUACUAUUUUUUUUAUUUAUUUCCAGUUUUCAUCAUUAUCAGUUCUCUCAAUUCGCCGAUUGAAUCCUCUGCUCUGAUGAUCGAAGCAGGGGCGUUCAGAUUGAACAUCGUCAUCCGCUUCGAGGACGUGUUCUGGCGGCGGUUUCGUCUAUGGAGGCUUCGUACUACGCACAAUCUCACGAUCGCCGCCGGGAUUUGCCCCCGCCGGCCGCCCUAGGGUUCCCUCUCUCCUCGGCGUUUCUGCUGGUCCUCGUUUUCGGCGUGAGCGCUGCUGUAAUCUGCUGCUAUUACUACUGGGACAAACUCUCGUUCCUCCGCCGCUCCCCGCUCCCUGUCACCUCCGAUCUCGCGGAUUCUCCCGGCGUUGAUUUUGGCCGCUGGGAGCUGAACGUUCUUCCCCAGAAGGAGAAGCAAAAUCUGGGGCAGAGCUUGCCGGUGUUAAUGCCCGGAGAUGAAGUGCCGAAGUUCAUUGCGUUGCCGUGCCCGUGUCGGCCGCCGAGGUCACUCUACCUGCCACCACCACAACUAAGCACUCCAUGGGACUGAAAUACUGCUUUCUUCUACUCCAUCAUUAUGAUUACUCCAUAAUAUAACAGUCUUUAAUUUGGAGGAAAAAAGGGCCAAGCUGUUUGGCUUGCCCAGAUAAAUACUUGUACAAUAUUAUUAUAUAGGAGGGGUUCCCAUAACAUUAGAACCUCAUGUCAUUGGAUGACCCUGGGGUUCUAUGGUGCCCGUUCGUAAAAUUGACGAUUCAUAUGCCCUAAUCCACCAGUAAACCCUGCCCCGAGUACACCCCACUCCCCUUCAAUUGCUCCCCGCAAGUUAAUUUUGUCUUUGGAGUCAACUUGAGUCUAAAGUCAAAAUUAACUUGGGGUGCAAUU